AUGAGCCGAACCCAGUCGGGCAUCGUAGAGCUUAUUCUGAAGCGCCGACUGCCCGCGCCCGUCGACAUUCUCGUCGCCAUCCAUUUGUCCGUGAGUCGAGGCAGUGUCCAAGUGGGCCAUUCAAUCACAAAAGUCUAUGUGUUCGUGACACAGACGUCGCGCGACCGCUUGGACCAGUUAUCCCGGCCCGGCUGGAGGUCGGCUUUAUCCGGGACAAGAGAGCGUUACUGGAGUAUCCGGCAGCGACUGGCGCGCCGGAUGAACUUGAUACGGACGUAG